CUUCGAGAUGCUUCUGGAAGCAGCGGCGGUGUUCUCGAAGUGUCCACAGUUGUGCUAUAUAAGAAGUGCAGGUGGUUUAAGCGUCAUUCAGCUAGUUUGUGCGCAGCUUGCACGUCGUUCUGGUCUACGGGGUUUAGUUACCAACUGGAGCGCUUUGUGGUGUUUUAGAGAAAGCCCACGAGAUGCCUGAAGCACAAAAUCCACCAAUGGAGGAAGAGGUGGAGACCUUUGCCUUUCAGGCUGAGAUUGCCCAGCUGAUGUCUCUGAUCAUCAAUACCUUUUACUCCAAUAAGGAAAUUUUUCUCCGAGAAAUCAUCUCCAACUCAUCAGAUGCUCUUGAUAAAAUCAGGUAUGAGAGUCUCACUGACCCAUCAAAAUUGGAUUCGGGAAAAGAUCUGAAAAUUGACCUUAUUCCAAAUAAGGAGGAGCGCACCCUGACCAUAAUUGACAGUGGCAUUGGGAUGACCAAGGCUGACCUCAUCAAUAAUUUGGGCACCAUUGCCAAGUCAGGCACCAAAGCCUUCAUGGAGGCUCUGCAGGCUGGGGCUGAUAUCUCCAUGAUUGGUCAGUUUGGUGUGGGCUUCUACUCCGCUUACUUGGUGGCUGAGAAGGUCACUGUCAUCACCAAACACAAUGAUGAUGAGCAGUAUGCCUGGGAGUCAUCUGCUGGAGGAUCCUUCACUGUCAGAGUAGAUACCUCUGAGCCACUAGGCCGUGGAACUAAGGUGAUUCUGCAUCUAAAAGAAGACCAGACUGAAUAUCUUGAAGAACGAAGGGUGAAAGAAAUAGUGAAGAAACACUCUCAGUUCAUUGGAUACCCCAUCACGCUGUUUGUGGAGAAGGAGCGUGACAAGGAGGUGAGUGAUGAUGAAGCAGAGGAAGAGAAAGAGCAAGAUGAAGAAAAAGAGAAGAGUGAGGAAGAUAAGCCAGAGAUUGAGGAUGUUGGCUCAGAUGAUGAACAUGAGAAAUCGGACAAGAAAAAGAAGAAAAAGAUUAAGGAGAAGUACAUUGACCAGGAGGAGCUGAACAAAACCAAACCCCUCUGGACCCGCAACCCAGAUGACAUUACCAAUGAAGAGUAUGGUGAAUUUUACAAGAGCUUGACCAAUGACUGGGAGGACCACCUGGCUGUGAAGCACUUCUCAGUGGAGGGCCAGCUGGAGUUCAGGGCUCUGCUGUUUGUGCCCAGGCGGGCACCUUUUGACUUGUUUGAGAACAAGAAAAAGAAAAACAAUAUCAAGUUAUAUGUGCGCAGGGUUUUCAUCAUGGACAACUGUGAAGAACUCAUUCCAGAAUAUCUCAAUUUCAUCAAAGGUGUGGUGGACUCGGAGGACCUUCCCUUGAACAUCUCCCGAGAGAUGCUGCAGCAGAGCAAGAUCUUGAAGGUGAUCCGCAAGAACCUGGUGAAGAAAUGCCUGGAGCUCUUCUCUGAGCUUUCUGAGGACAAGGACAACUACAAGAAGUUUUAUGAACAGUUCUCCAAGAACAUUAAGCUUGGAAUCCAUGAAGACUCGCAGAACCGCAAAAAGCUCUCUGAACUCUUACGCUACUACACUUCUGCUUCUGGUGACGAAAUGGUCUCCCUUAAGGACUAUGUCACACGCAUGAAGGAUAAUCAGAAGCAUAUCUACUAUAUCACUGGGGAAACAAAGGAACAGGUGGCAAACUCUGCCUUUGUGGAACGCCUCCGAAAGGCAGGGCUGGAGGUGAUCUACAUGAUUGAGCCUAUUGAUGAAUAUUGCGUUCAGCAGCUGAAGGAGUUUGAGGGCAAGAACCUGGUGUCUGUCACAAAAGAAGGAUUGGAACUACCAGAGGAUGAGGAGGAGAAAAAGAAGCAGGAGGAGCUCAAGAGCAAGUUUGAGAACCUGUGUAAGAUCAUGAAGGACAUCCUUGAAAAGAAGGUAGAGAAGGUGACAGUGUCCAAUCGCCUGGUCUCAUCCCCCUGCUGUAUUGUGACCAGCACCUAUGGUUGGACUGCCAACAUGGAGAGAAUUAUGAAGGCACAGGCUUUGAGAGACAAUUCCACUAUGGGCUACAUGGCUGCUAAGAAGCAUUUGGAGAUAAACCCAGAUCACCCCAUCAUUGAAACUCUUAGGCAAAAGGCAGAGGCUGAUAAAAAUGACAAGUCUGUGAAAGACCUGGUCAUCCUGCUUUUUGAGACAGCCCUGCUGUCAUCUGGCUUCACGCUGGAUGAUCCCCAAACACACUCCAAUCGCAUCUACAGGAUGAUUAAGCUAGGGCUGGGAAUUGAUGAGGAUGACUUGGGCACUGAAGAGACCACCAGCUCUGCACCAAUUGAGGAUAUGCCCCCACUGGAAGGGGAUGAUGAUGCUUCCAGGAUGGAGGAAGUGGACUAAAGAUGGGACAGUGUAUAUAUUUAAGCCAUUAGAACUGUAAACCUUUAUUUGGCUUUCUUGCACAUUAGUCCUUAAGUUUUGUGCUGUGUUCACUACUUCAGGGUUUUGCCACUGGUGUUGCUGAAGGAAAUUCCUCCUCCCUCUGCAGUAUUUCCUUUAGUUUCAUUUACUCAUUCCUUAUGGCUUUUGUAUUUCACAUUCCACUAUGUGAGCAUGUAUGAUGACUGAACUGUAAAUAUGGUUGUUGAAUAAAAAAUUGAAUUCAGCUGAA